ACUAAAUUGCAUGAUUAAAAGUAAGGAUCCAAUUUAGUCAAACACAAUAGUUGAGUAAUUCUUGUGGGGCGAAUACUCGAUAUGUAGAAACUUAAGGGAUCAUUUUGCAAAUAAGAGGUCACGUAGGAAAUAUAUCACUAAAUUAUUUCACAAAUACCCCCCAAAAAAGUUUUGGUGCCGAAAAAGCCGAAAAAUGGUUUCGAUUGACAACGGUUCUAUCGCCGCCACCGCGAACGACCAUGCGGCGGCUGCUGCCGGAGGAGUCACCUUUCCUUCGAUGUCACACUCAAACGGCGUACAGCCAGACAGCGACGGUUAUCGCAAGAGAAAAAUGACAAGUAUCCCCUUGGAGGUCGGGACCCGUGUCAAUUGCCGGUGGCGGGACGGAAAAUACCAUCCCGUCAAGGUUAUCGAGCGCCGAAAGCUUCCUGCUGAUGAAUCCAACGAUUAUGAGUACUACGUGCACUAUACCGAAUUUAACCGUAGACUUGAUGAAUGGAUAAAAGUUGACCAACUUGAUCUGAACUCUGUAGAAACUGAUGUGGAUGAGAAGGUUGAGGACAAGGUAACUAGCUUGAAAAUGACACGGCACCAAAAGCGUAAGAUUGAUGAGACACAUGUGGAGGGCCACGAGGAGCUUGAUGCUGCUAGCUUGCGUGAGCAUGAAGAAUUUACAAAAGUUAAAAAUAUUGCUACUAUGGAGCUCGGAAGAUACGAGAUCGAAACUUGGUACUUUUCUCCCUUUCCACCAGAAUACAAUGAUUGUACCAAGCUGUUCUUUUGUGAAUUUUGCCUCAAUUUCAUGAAGCGCAAAGAACAACUUCAGAGGCAUAUGAGGAAAUGUGAUCUCAAGCAUCCUCCUGGUGAUGAGAUAUACCGAAAUGGAACCUUGUCAAUGUUUGAGGUUGAUGGCAAAAAGAACAAGGUUUACGGGCAAAAUCUUUGCUAUCUGGCGAAGUUGUUUCUUGAUCACAAGACCCUGUACUAUGAUGUUGAUCUUUUCCUUUUCUAUGUGCUUUGCGAAUGUGAUGAUCGAGGAUGUCACAUGGUUGGCUACUUCUCCAAGGAGAAGCAUUCAGAGGAGUCCUACAAUUUAGCUUGCAUUCUUACUCUUCCUCCUUACCAGAGAAAAGGCUAUGGAAAAUUCCUGAUUGCUUUCUCAUAUGAGCUUUCAAAGAAGGAAGGUAAAGUUGGAACACCGGAAAGACCUCUCUCGGACCUGGGGCUAUUGAGCUACCGAGGAUAUUGGACACGUGUUCUUCUAGAUAUACUGAAAAAGCACAAGGGAAACAUCUCUAUUAAGGAGCUUAGUGACAUGACAGCAAUCAGAGCAGAGGAUAUUCUGUCGACGCUACAGAGUUUAGAGUUGAUACAAUAUCGAAAGGGGCAGCAUGUUAUAUGCGCAGAUCCUAAGGUCUUAGAUCGUCAUCUUAAAGCAGCUGGCCGAGGUGGUCUUGAUGUUGAUGUUGCCAAAUUGAUAUGGACUCCUUAUAAAGAACAGGGCUGAGUCUUAUUAUUACACAGAGUCGAUACAAAGUUCUCUCUAUUAUUCCUUGUCAUGAAUUUGAUGCCCUCUGUAUUAUGUAUAUAGAAAAAAUUAAACAACCAGAUUAUGAUUCUGGUGGUAGUAGCUCUGUAGGCCUUCUAUAUAAUAUUGUAUAAUCAGCACUGUAGCUUCUUAGAAUAGAAAUGUAUGAGAUUUUUGUACCUGUGUUGAUUGAUUUCAAGAAAUUAUUACUUUUUGAUAUGUAAAAAGUUGUGAGCCUAGGAGAGAGCAGAGCAGCCCACUGUAUUUUAUAUUUUAUAUUUUGUA